CUCAUCUGUUGAUCAUGAAGAGAGUAUGGUCUGCUCUCAGUGGUGAAGAUGUCUCUGCCAAAGCUCUGGAGUCUCCAUCACAUCCUCCUGCUGUCUGUCUUCACCGGCGCCGCGAAUGGAUAUUAUAACUCUCAUUGGCCACAGUGCAUCUACAGCUCCAGUGAUUUCAGUGACAUGGUGUUCUUGGAUAGCUAUUACUUCAAUAAAUAUCUGUACGUACAGUUCAACAGCACUGUGGGGAGGUUUGUGGGGUUUACUGAGGUUGGAGUGAAAUUUGCAGAGAACUGGAACAAAAAUCAAGCGUAUUUACAGCAAUUAAAGGCUGAAGUUGAUACAUUCUGUAAACCUAAUGCUGCACUGUACAAAACAUCUAUCCACGAUAAAGCAGUGGCUCCAGUGGUGAAGCUGAGUUUAGUGCAGCAGGGCGACAGCACACAUCCAUCGCUGCUGAUGUGCAGUGCGUACGACUUCUACCCUGAGAAAAUCAAGGUGUCCUGGCUGCGGGACGGUGCAGUGGUGACCUCUGACGUGACCUCCACUCAGAAGAUGCCUAACGGAGACUGGUACCACCAGAUUCACACUGAGCUGGAGUACACUCCCAAAGCUGGAGAGAAGAUCUCCUGUAUGGUGGAGCACGCCGGCUUCCAGAAACCCAUGAUCUAUGACUGGAACCCUCCUCUGCCUGGGUUCGAGUGGAGUACGCCGCUGUUAUUCACUGCCGGAGCUGCUGGACUGAUGCUGGGAACCAUCACAGCAGCUGCUGGAUUCAUUUACUACAAGUCAACAUCAACCGCUCUGUGAGAAGACAUUGACAUACCAAACAAUUACAGUUACACUAUACACGUCACGAAUGAAUUGCUGAGUUAUUCUCCCCUCAUCCAGACUGAAAGACUCCUCAUCAUGGAGAAACACACACACACUCUUCACGACACGAAGAAGACAGAAGCACAGCAUCAUGUCAGAUGUGUUACAGCUAAUAUUUCAGCAUCUUUAGGCAGUAUUGACAGUAAUGAUGCUAGAGGUUUGUUGUACACAACUCAGUAGAUGCUGUUUUCUGUUGUUGUCAUCCUGAUUUAGAGAUAAUCAAGAUAUCAUGAGUGCUGUAUCACAGUAUUGUAUCAAAUUUGUUUAAAAAGCUACAGUUGUUUUUGGAAAGUGUAUGUGACAGCAUACUUGGCUACACAUCAUGUCACUCUUUCUUUUUAACUUGUGGCCAAGUCUGAAGCAAAAGCAGAUGACCGUGAAAUAUUACUAUUCUGUGUGCUGAGAAUAAAACUGUGACAUUCUCUAAUUAUAUCCAGUUGUAUGUUACGUUUUAGGCUACAUAUUCUCUGUUCAAUAUGCGUUAAACUGUUGGAUUAUGGUUCUAUUUUUCUUGGACUUUUUAAGAAGAUCUUUAAACUCAAAUCAAGGAAUUAAGCCCUAUCUAUUUUUUUUGGAGAAUGCCAAAACAUGUGUUUUAACCAUUUUGCAUGAAGAAUGAGGAAAACUUGUCUGAACAGCCAAUCACUUUCAGUUAGUUUGCAAAUGACCUGUAUAAUCUGGUUCAGGUGAGUUUCAUUAGAUUUGCAGCUAAACUAUGCAGGGCUGUGACUCUGUCUUGGGGCUUUUCCAAACUGGUUUAACUUGAAUAUGACUUUGACACGCUGAUCCUAAUACAGUUGUUCACAAAUUCCU